AGGAAAAGAAAAGGAGUCACACGAGUACGGCCAUCUGACGAGUGCUUCGCCGCUCCUUGCACACGGGCGUUAAAAAGGGAGCGAAGCUCUGCUGCAGAAACCAUUCGGAUAGGCAGCACACCACAUACAACUUUAUCGAACACGUUUCAGCCGGAUUCACCGUGCGACACCUCCGUGCUUGUUCCUUCCCUCACGAGAAACGAUCAAACGAAAAUGACAGACGAACGCGAUGGCGGCAUCGUGCAGACGUUCCUCUCCCUCGGCACGGACUCGAGUCAGUGCCUUCGUCUGUUUUCUCGUGGCAACAACCCCGGCUGCUACGUUCUCGGCUGGUGGGCCACCUUCGCCGCGAAGGAGUACAUCAAGUCCACCGCCGUCCUCAAACAGUGGUCCACGACGGCGAGCGGUUCCUCUGCUGUGGACGUGGUCGUCGUGAACGAUGCGCUCUGUAAGGAGAUGAUUCGCGACUGUCUGCUCCGCCGCGGCGCCUCCGUGGAGUUCUACGAGCGCGAGUCUGCAGGGGGUCCUUACGUGUGCCGGCAGCGCGGCUCGCCUGGCAACAUCACCGACUUCGAAGCCUCGCUCUUUGAGUUUGAGGAGGCAGAGAUUCAGCUGCUGGCGAGCGGCUCUCUCGUCUUCGGGGCGCGGCAGGACACCGGUGUGCUGGUCGGCUUCACGGCGCUGAACACGACGCUGCGGUUGCUGAGCUACACCGAGUACGUCGACACGCCGCAGCUGACGAGUCUCGACGCGUUGGUGGCGCAGACAAACCUCAAGGAGCUGCUGCUGACGGUGACGCUGCCUCCUGCCGCGGCUGGCGGGCAGCCCGUGUUGGAGGAAGAUGACCGCAUUAUCGCGGUGCGGCGCAUCUGCGAGCGUUGCGGGGUUCAACUAAAGGUGAGUACGCUGCGUGAGGUGCGCCAGCAGAUGAAGUCGGAGGCAGCGGCGAAAGGGCUGGGUGCGUUGGCCGAGAUCCUGCGUGUGCCGGAGGAGCGGCUGACGCUGGACCUCUGCCCGCUGGCGAGUCACGCCGUGGAGAACAUCUUAGGCCGCAUCGACGCCAUGGAUGUGGCGAACCAGCACGCCUUCUAUCUCCGCCGCAUCGUGCCAUCCACCUAUAUGAAGCUGGACAGCGCGGCGAUUGAGGCGCUGAACUUGGUGAGUAAGAAACCGGAACCACGUGGGUCGCUGCCCACCUCCGUCUUCUCUUGGCUCAACCGCUGUCACACUGGCAUGGGCUCGCGGGCGAUGCGGCAGUGGCUGCUGCAGCCGCUGCGGUCUGCCGAGGACAUCAAUCAGCGGCUGAACAUGGUCGAGCUUUUUGUGGAGAGUCCAGUUCUACGAGACAUGCUUGUCGCACAGGUGCUGCGGCGGUGCGGUGAUAUGGACCGCCUCAAUCGGCGACUGCAACGUCGCAGCCUUGCCCUGAAGGACACGCAGGCCUUCCUGAACUUCGUGAACGUGGUGCCGGCGGCGCUGCAGGUGCUGGGUACUUACACUGGCUCUCAAUCAAAGCUUCUGAAGGAUGAGUUUAUCGCCCCCAUGGAGGAGAUCAACGAGCACAUGGCGAACCUCAAGACGUUGAUUGAGGUCACUGUCGACUUCAGCGAUCGCAACGCCGCCCGCAUGAACUCCUCCUUCGACGACGAGCUACAGGAGCUGCAUGAGCAGCUGACGAGCACGCAGAAGGAGAUCGACCGCGAGUACGCGCACGUCUUGCGCAAGUACGACUGGAACGAGAAGCAGCUGAAGUAUGAGUACCACAGCACCUAUGGUUACGUCUUUCGAGUCUCGCGCAAGGAGGAUCGGCAGCUGCGCAGCAGUAAAGAGCUCAUCACUGUGAGCACGUCAAAAGACGGCGUGCGCUUCGUCUCGGAGAAGAUGGCGUCCCUCAGCGAGCAGUACCGCCGCAUCAACGACGACUACGAGACGCGCCAGCAGGACCUGAAGAGGAAGCUGAUCGACAGCAUCGCGUCCUACCUGCCGGUGCUGGACGACGCGAAGGAGCUCAUCGCCACCUUGGACGUGUACGUGGCCUGGGCCCUUGUCGUGAAGGACAGCCCGCGGCCGAUGGUUCGUCCCGCGGUGCGCGACACCAGGGCAACAGCAGCGGCACCCGUGGUGAAAAAAGAGGAGGGGAGCGCGGGCGGAGCACUCGCCGCAGGUGCUCUCAAGACGAGCGGCGGUGCUGGCCCGGUCCUCUCCUUCAAGAACCUUCGUCAUCCGCUGGUGGAGCUUCGGCAGCCGAACUUCAAGGCGAACUCGCUCUUCCUCACGGAGCAGGCCAACGGUCUGCUCAUCACGGGCCCAAACAUGGGUGGUAAGUCCACCUUUAUGCGCAGCGUCGGCGUCGCCGUGGUCCUCGCUCAGGCCGGCUGCUUCGUGCCGGCUGACGCAGCCGAAGUGCAGGUCCGCGACGCCGUGAUGUGCCGCGUGGGGGCGACGGACCACCUGGCGCAGGGCGUGUCCACCUUCAUGGUCGAAAUGCUGGAGUCCGCUGCCAUCUUGUCCGGUGCCACACAGGACACAUUGGCCAUUGUGGACGAGUUGGGUCGCGGCACAUCGACGUACGACGGCUUCGGCCUGGCGUGGGCGAUCGCGCAAGACGUGGUGGUGCGGGUGAGAGCCACGCUGCUCUUCUCCACUCACUUCCAUGAGCUGACCCAGCUUCCACUGCAGUGCGCGGCGAUACAAAACGCCCAUUUCGGCGCCGACGUUGAUGAGGCGGCCGGCACGCUGCGCUUCUCCUACAGUCUGCAGCCGGGGCCGUGCGGCCGGAGUUACGGUCUCUACGUGGCCGCUCUCGCGAAUAUGCCGGAGACGGUGAUUGCGCGCGCCAAAGCGAAGGCGGCGGAGUGGGAGACCUUCGAGAAGGAAGGCAUCCGCAGCGGCAGCAGCAACAACGCUCCAGAUGCAACGGUGGUGCGGGCCGUGUCAGCCUACGCGAAGCGGCUGCGCGAGCUGGAGCAGCAGGCUCCAAGCGAGACGCGCGACGCGGCGGUGCAGCGACUGAAGUUGGAGGUGCUGCAAAACGCGCUCGUUCAACCGUACCUGGCCGAGGUUUCAUAG